GAAAGUGCUGAAAAACUAGUACCUUUAGCCUUUGACAUAGGCAUUUUAACAGGCAUGGCAAACUCACAACUAUAUCCAAGCAUCCCUAAUAGACCAUAGGAUUAGGAAGUCGCAAGAUGAACGGCUCAGAUAACAACUACAAUCAGCAUCAACAGAAGAGACAAACAUUGACAUGCAUGGUGAGACAUGGAUUGUCAAGCACAUGUAAGAAAAACCUUCCCUUUGUAUCUAAAUAAUGAACAUGAGAAUCUAGGUACGUGAGCCAGUCAUUUGCUGCAAGACCCAACACAGAUUUGAAUGUGAGGAGUAGCUUUUAUACAGCUGCUUGUGUUGUUUGUAUGCAUAUUUCUGCCUCUCCACUGCGGAAACUGUGCCACCGUUGACAGCAUCUACGAAAUCGGGAAGUAAACCCAAACAAAGAUAUCAGAGAGAGAGAGAGAGAGAGAGAGGAACACUCUUAUUUUAUUUUAUUUUUUCCCUCACUUUUUGUAAGCAGAAAAGCGGAACACCUUUUCUGCCCCUCUCACGUGCACCGUAUCUUAUUCUUUCACUAUAUUACCUUUCUAACUUUCUUACUCUUACACAAACAAACAAAUAAGAGUUGAGGCAAUUGGGUUUUGCUAUAUAGCGGUGGCAGUCACUGGAUUGCAACUUGUUAAAGGUUGUUUCAGUUGAAUUUAGAGGAGAGUUCAAGUUAGCUUAGGUAACAGUUUUAAGAAGGAAAAAAUGACACUAGAAACAGUAUCUUCGAGUGAGUUCUUGAAUUUUAUUGUCUAUGACACCAUAUCCGCAACCCCAUAUAGUAGUAGCCAUGACUCUUUACAGACAACUAGUCUUUUAUUGGAGACUACUCUGAAACCUCAAAACCAUGGUACUGCUAUGAGAAGCUGCUCGUUAAUGACCCGACAAAGGCGCCUAAAGGAACCGGAAGCUGCCGCCGAAUGGAGGCAGAACUUAGCUGUGCAAGGAAGGAAGAAAAGAAGAAGAAAGCCAAGGGUAUGCCAGAACAAAGAAGAAGCUGAGACACAAAGGAUGACACAUAUUGCUGUUGAGAGAAACCGGCGUAAACAAAUGAAUGAACAUCUUGCCGUUUUGAGAUCUCUCAUGCCUGAAUCUUACGUGCAAAGGGGUGACCAGGCAUCUAUAGUCGGUGGUGCUAUAGAAUUUGUGAAGGAACUAGAGCAUCUCUUGCAAUCACUUGAAGUUCAAAAGAUGCAAUUACUUCAUGGACAGAGAGAACCAAAUGAAGACACAUGCACAGCCUCUAAAUUCCUACCACCUCCCUUUGCUCAAUUUUUUAUAUAUCCUCAAUACACUUGGUCUCAAAUGCCUAACAAAUAUACAUCCAAGACCAUAGCAGCAAUUGCUGAUAUUGAGGUGACAUUAAUCGAAACACAUGCAAAUCUUCGAAUUCUCUCAAGAAGAAGCCCUAGAAAGCUUCCCAAGUUAGUUUCUGGAUUUCAAACACUUUACCUUACCAUUCUUCACAUCAAUGUCACGACUAUGGACCCUUUGGUUCUGUGUACAAUCAGUGCUAAGCUAGAAGAAGAAUGCCAACUCACUUCUGCAGAUGACAUAGCAGGAGCAGUCCACCACAUGCUUAGAAUAAUUGAGGAAGAAGCUGCCUUAUGUUGAUAAAGUACUUAGCCUACCAAAAUGCCUUCUGGUUUGAGAAAAAAAUAUCGCCAGAAUGGCACCAAUCUUUCUUGUCUGUUGUAAUGUAGUUUCUGAUGUUCCUUUUCUGCAGCUGCAGUGAUGUUUGUUGUGUUUGGAUCCUGCUGGACACAAGUUGUACCUUAUAAGGCUGUUAAAGAAAAUCUCAGGAA